AUGGCUGAUAACAAAAAUCUGGAUUUUGCUCAAAUCAUGCCGAUAUCAAGGAACCUCAAAGAAAAACCGGGCGUUCUCCGGAAAUACGACGAAAACUGCAUGCCACAUUUAUCACUUUGCCCAUUAUUUUAUGGAGCCGGAAAUGCUGAUAUUGUGGAUUGUUGCAACAAAUUAAUGGGCGUACCUCCAUUCGUAGAAACGACGAAACCAAAUCAAUUUGUGGAACUUGAGAUUUUGAAUCGUCUUGCCUCAUAUUCGAUUUGGAUUCGAUUCAAUAUCUCAUUGUGA